AUGCCGACAGGAAGCAGAUAUAGUGGCGGCGAGAUGGUGCAAUUCAAGAAUAUGUUGCGGCGAGCAAUCCAGAAAACAAAAAAAGAUAGGCCAAACGCAUCAAGAUAUACGCCCGUGCCGCCUGUACCAGGAUAUACAUCCACGCUGCCUGCACUAGGGUAUACAUCCGCGCCACCUGCACCAGGAUAUACACCCACACCGCUUGUGCCGGGAUAUACACCCGCGCCGGCUGCAUUAUACGGAUAUACUCCCGCACCGCCUGCACCAGGAUAUACACCUGCGCCGCCUGUAUCAGGAUAUACACUAGCGGCGCCUGUACCAGGACAUACACCCGCGCCACCUGCACCAGGAUAUAUACUACCGGCGCACAGUGGGCGAAAUCAGCAAAAACUGGACAAAAAUCGAUAA